GAAGCUUUUCUCCACCCAGCGGGCCUUUCUUUGGAAGCACCCGGCAAGAGCUUCUGGAAGCGGCAGAGUUCCCAUCUCUCGCAGGGCCAUGGCCGAGCCUGGAGAGCAACUGCCAGAGGAGGUGCUGGCGCUCAUCUUUCGCCACCUGUCUCUGAGGGACCGUGCAGCUGCUGCCAGGGUCUGCAGAGCCUGGGCUGCCGCUGCUACCUGCAGUGUGGUGUGGCAUGACACGACCAUCAGUUGCGACUGUGAGCGAGAAGGCACGCUGCUACCAUACCUGUCUGCCUGCCUGGACCAUGUUCACAACCUACGACUGGAAUUUGAGCCGUCGAGGGAGCCGAGCCGCCGGGCGGCCACCGAGUUGCUAACCGCCCUGGCGGUCCGCACCCCGGGACUUCGAAGCCUGCGCCUGGAGUGCCGCGGAGAAAAGCCGCUCUUUGAUGCAGGCCGCGACAUCCUGGACGCCGUGCACGCUAUAUGCCGGGCCGCCUGCGCGCUGCGCCACCUCGACCUUAGGCGCUUGCCUUUUACGCUGGACGACGCGUUGGUGCUGCAGGCGGCACGCGGCUGCCCCGAGCUCCGCAGUCUUUUCCUUGACAACUGUACGCUGGUAGGCAGCGUGAAGCCCGACUCUGUGCUCGAGCUACUAGAAGCCUGCCCGCGCCUGCGCGCCCUCGGCCUACACCUAGCUAGCCUGUCGGGCACUGCCCUCCAGGUGCUGGCAGCGCCGCACCGCGCGCCUUUCGCUCUCCUGGCCCUACGGUGCGCGUGCCCCGAGGACGCACGCGCGCCACGCCUGCCCGAGGAAGCCUGGGCCGCGGUGCGCCGCCGCCACCCGGGACUGGCCGUGGAGCUGGAGCUGGAGCCAGCGCUGCCCGCUGAGAGCGUGACGCGCGUCCUACAACCUGCCGUGCCAGUGGCUGCGCUACGCCUCAGCCUCUCUGGGGAUACCGUAGGCCCGGUGUGCUUUGCAGCGCGCCACUACGGCGCAACCUUGCGCGCUCUUGAGGUGCGCGCCGCUGCCUCAGCGGAGCUGGACGCUGCACUGGAGUUGCUGGCGGCGCGCUGCGCGGGCCUGCGCGAAGUACACUGCUUCUGCGUGGUACGACCCUCUGUGUUGCAUGCCUUCCGCGCGCACUGUCCGCGCCUGCGCAGCUACACGCUCAAACUAACGCGGGAGCCCCAUCCCUGGCUGCCCACGCCUGUGGCGUGAUGGGGUGGUCGCCUCUCCAGCAUAUAUGUGGCCGCUAAGAUGCUGGAUGCAUUUGUCCAGGCGUGCACCAACGCCAGCCCGCUCCUUCGGGUCUCUGUUGAGUCUUGUGCCUCUGGAAGAUGAGCGCAUGUAGGAUAGCGUCGGGACCAUCCCAGGGCGUCUUGAGUCCACUGGACGCAUCUCCAUAAUGGGAUCAUCCUCCCCCAGUCCCACUCCUCUGCUGACGCUGCGCUAGCUCCACGGCCCUGGCGCGUGAGGGGGGCGGGUAGAGAGAGGACCCUGGCUCCUGUGGCGACUUGGGUGUGAGUGUGAAAUAAAUCCUGUAGCAACACCGCGUCCUCUGGAAGGCGGGCCGGCUCU